UAAUUAUAGAAAAAGGAAAAGUAUUUUACUUAAUGAUUUGGCAACAAAACAAAAUGUCAAGUAAUUAAAAUGUUUCGCUGAGUUUUAUCGGGAAGUCAUCAAAUUUUAAGGUAUGAUCGCUUAAUGAUAUUGAAUUUGAUCCGUACCUUUGCAAAGAUGGUUAAGCCGCAAGUCGUCUUUGUUUUGGGUGCACCUGGUGCUGGUAAAGGAACACAGUGUCAAAGAAUUGUUGAUACUUUUGGAUAUGUUCACUUAUCUGCUGGAGAUCUUCUGAGAGCUGAACGAAACACUCCAGGGUCAGAAUAUGGUGAGCUUAUUGAAAACCAUAUCAAAAAUGGGACAAUUGUCCCUGUAGAAAUCACUUGUCGAUUAAUUGAAGAGGCAAUGAAAAAAGCUGAUAGCAGCAAAUUUUUGAUUGAUGGCUUUCCAAGAAAUAAAGACAACUUGGAUGGAUGGAACAAAGAAAUGGGUGAAAAAGCAGAUGUGAAAUUCAUUUUGUUUUUGGAUUGUUCUGAAGAGACUUGUAUUCAAAGAUGCUUGAAGAGAGGAGCAGAAGGAAGUGGACGUUCUGAUGAUAACAUUGAAAGCCUGAAGAAAAGAUUUAGGACUUUUCAUGUUGAUACCCUACCAAUAGUCAAUAAAUUUAGUGAAGAGGGUAAAGUUUUGAAAGUAGAUGGGAGUGAAAGUGCUGAUGAGGUUUUCAAAAAAGUGGCUGAAGUGAUUAAGAGUUAUGAAUGAAACCGAUUGAUUUUAUAAAUUCUAUUCUACGCUUGUUUUACAAAAUGUUUUUAUUAUUAAUCUAAAAACAUUUACUAUAGGCUAUGUAGAGCAUUUUCAUAUGUAUGUCAUUUACAUUGCUAUCUGUUAGAUAAUUGUUUUAAUGUUUAAUAGACAAAUAGAUUUUCUUCAUUGCUUAUUAUAUUUAUUUUUACUAUAUUCAAUGAAACUGAACAACUUUACAUUCAUGAAAAUUGUUUAUUCUGCAUGCUAGGGUGAUGUGUGAUAAUUUUAUAUAAAUAAUAUUGCUCUCUACUUUUAAGUUUUCAACCACUGUGGGAUCCUGGUAGUAGAAACCUUCCACAGCAGGGCUAUAGGCAUUGCAAAUUAUCAUAGCUUCUUGGACUUGGGGGAAAAGGGAGUGGUUGUUACGAGAAAGUGUGAAAAAAUUUAAAAGCGAGGGGGGGAGAAUCCUUCUUAAUAAAAGAUAAAGGACAAUUUUUCCCUUUUGAAAUCUGACACAAAAAUCGAUCUUCUGUAUUUGCAAAGAUUUACUGAACUAUCAGAAAAUUUUGAUGAUCUGAAGGAAAUAAAGCAAUUAGUAGAUCAGGGUGCGUAGCGUUUUUAAAAAGUGCUUAAAGGUGCUUAUUUUCGAUUAUCGUUUUUAAAAGCCCUUAAAGGUACUUUUUUUCUUUGGGUGUUUUUAAAAAGUGCUUAAUUUUCCCUUUACCCUGUUUAUUUUCUCCACAUAUUAUGCAAAAAGACACUGUUCAUAUUGUUCUAUUCAAUGUUUUCACGAUUGAUUCCACCCCAAUCAAUUUCGGCACAUCUUCGGUCCUUAGCGUAUGAAAACGCCAUUCGUUUUAUGAUUCAAAAUUUCAUAAUUUUUGACAAUUGUCAAAAACUAUGCCUGCAAAACUUAAGUUUUUUUUUUGACAUGACAGUUAAAUUGGAUGAAACAGAUAAUUGUUAAAAGCUUGCCAACCCUGCCUGAUCAUAUGCAUAUUUUUUUGAGUGUUUAAAAUAUUUUUGAGUGCUUGAAAAGUGCUUAAAAAUAUUUUUUAAUGCUUGAAAGGUGGUUAUUUUUUGUUGAAAAAUUUGGCUACGCACCCUGGAGAUAUUUAGCUAAAAAGAAUUGAUUUUCAAUCUAAUUUUUUUAAAGUAUUAUUCUACGAAGAUCUAAUUAAAGUAAUAUAACUUUUUAACAGCAUAAUUUUUUUUUUGUGUAUAAUUUUUAUAAACAUUAUACAUGCUGAUUUUGCUUGCUACAUGUUAGAUUGACCCCAAUUAUUACAAUAAUAGUCCUUGAUAUACGGUGUUGGGAUUGCAGGAAAAUUUAAAUUGUAGAAAAUUGCACUGCUGGUUGACUCAAUAAAUUCCGCUACCUGACGCAUGAUAUAUUAUCAACCCUAAAACUUGUUAUUUUUAACAUAAUUUCUAAAAUAUUGCAGGUAAAUUUUAAAGUAUUGAAAAACUGAGUUAAAAAGUUUUGGCUUAUUUAAAAUAGGAGCUGCUUUUUUGUAAAAUUUUAAAUUUUAUUAAAUGUUGCCAUAGAUUUCCUAAAAAUCGUCUAAAUUAAUAUUGAUAAAAUUUAAGGAGGGAAAUUGAUCUUAAUAUGGUUAUUCUUAGAAUUUUAAAUUAUAUGCAUUGUAACGUUUCGAGUAACUUGCUAAUUUUACAUUGUUUAUUUUCUUCCAGUAAUUAAGAACAAAAAUUGUUAGUGUCACAUUAUUAAAUAUAUAAGUAUUUAAAAUAGAAAUAUUACUGAAAAGCUUGCAUAAUUAUUUCAUUUAUCAAUUAGAAAUUUCCGUAAUGAGGAUUUUUUAACUUACAUUUGCUUGAAAAUUCCUCUAAAAUGAUAUGAAACGUUAUAAUCUCUAUCUCAUUUUGAAAAUGUAUUGUUACUAAUGAACGUAACACUUUAUUAGUUGUUGGAGUAGAGAUCUGUUUGUCCUCCAACUACUUUAGACAAUAUGUAAAUUUAAUAUCAAAUAUCCACAUUUUGUAGCCUGUUUUAUAUAAAUAGAAAAUGGAAAUAGUAAGAAUUACAUUUCUAUUAGUAUCUAAAUUUUUUUAUGAAAUAAAGUUUUUUUCCAAUAUCGCUGCUAAUAAGUGAUGGGGGUUAACAAAAACUUAUCUUUUAAAAGAGAACAUUUAACAUUGUUUUUAUAUAAAUUAAUUUGGUUCCGCUACAUUUUAUUCAUAUAAGUGAAGUAUUACGUAAUCUAUUAUGUCAUUUAACAGAGAGUAUCUAACAUGGAUUUUAAAAACAUUUUUUGAUUCUAGCUAAAUUCUAUUUCUUUAAGUUAAAUAAUCCAUUAUUUAUUAUGCCAUGAAAAGGAGAGCAUUUAACAUUGUUUUUUAAAAUUAUUUUACUUCUACUAAAUUCUAUUUCUCUAAACAGAAUAAUCCAUUAUCAGUUAAACAGUUAAGGAGAGCAUUUAUCUUUGUUUUUAUAAAAAAUAAUUUGGUUCCACUAAAUUAUUUCUGUAAGUGAAAUAAUCCGUUACGCCAUUAAGGGGAGUUGACUGUUGAUUUGCAAAUAAUACACUCCAAAUACUUUUUAUUCUGCUCAGAAAGUAUGAGAUAUUAGUCGCUUUUUUCAAGUGGGUCUUAAAUUUCACUAAAUAAAUAACUAUUUCAGUAUUGUGUAAUGUUUAUAAGAUAAAUAAUAAAAAUAUUAGUAAGAUACAAUUUACUAAAUGGAGAAGGAAAAAUCUUCAUUUAAUAGAGAAAAAAAGUGUUUUGUAGCAUUAUUUUAUUUAUUUUUUUUAGUGGGGGUGAGAUACAAAAACUGCAAUGAAGUCCUGGGCCCAACUUAAUAUGGGCAGACCCUUAUUCUUUUUAAUUAUUAAAUAUAUAUGUAUUUAUUGUAUAACUAAAGACAUUUUUAUAUUUGUAACUUAUUAAAAUUGCAUAAACUUUAAGUUUUUGUAUCACUUAGAAAUUUUUCUUGUAUUUCAAUUUUCUGAUCUGCAAAUAUAAAAUGUUUGAAUGUUGCAUUCCACCAUACUUUUAUUUUGGAGAUGGUUGCAUUUCCCUUUUUACAUUCUGUAAAUUUACCUCAAUAUUGUUUGUCGUCCAUUGAAAGAUUUCUCAUGCAACAAUGUGUGCUUUAUAUUUAAGAAAAUCAUAUGGUAAUUUAAUGUUUCAACGAAUAUAAGAAGUAAACUGUGCUAUACGAAAUCAUUUUCAAGCUUUUUGUACAGUAAUCACAUUUUAAAAAAAUAUCGAUAAAAUGGUAUCUUUUUUAUUUUAAAAUUUAAUUAAUUUUAAAAAUUAAUGUUCUGCAUAUUUAAUAUAUUGAAACAAUUUUUUGGAAAUGAAAUCUUAAAUCUAUAUUUAUUCUAGUUGGUAUCAUUAGAAUUGUAGUUCUUUGAAUUAUUCAAUAAAAUCAUCUUCUUAGUUUGUGUAAA